AAAUCCUGUUUUCGCCUCUCAGUAAGCCCCCUCUGGACUCUUUUUUUCCAAAUUUGGCUGUAUCCGCCCCAACUGAUAGCUGAUAUCUAUUGGCGUAGCUAUAACCCAACAUUAAUACAUCAACCGUUCACGUGUAAACAGUUUAUAACACGAUGUCUUUAUUUCAAGGAUUAGGUUUUGCACCAGUUAUAGAAGUCUUCGAUUUAAAUCGUCGAUUUUACGCCGAUGAAUCCCCGGACAAAGUCAACCUCGGAUUAGGGGCUUAUAGGAAUGAUGAUGGUGAACCAUGGGUAUUACCAGUAGUACAUAAAGCAGAGGAGUUGGUUGUUUCAAAUCGUACCCUUAAUCAUGAAUACCUUCCAAUCUGUGGACUACCAGAGUUUAAUGAAGCUGCUACCAGAUUGGCCUUGGGUUCAGACAGCAGCGUGAUAAAAGAAAAUAGGGUACUGUCUAUUCAAACGAUUGGUGGAACUGGGUCAUUACGUUUAGCUGCCGAGUUCCUGAAACAGAAACUGCACCAAGACACUGUUUUAAUAUCUACUUUAACAUGGGAUAAUCAUAGUGGGAUAGUCAAGGCUACCGGCUACAGUCAAGUGAACGAAUAUAGAUACUGGAACCCCGGGACUAAAGGUCUGGAUCUGGAUGGACUGCUAGCAGAUUUGCAGAAUGCUAGAGAGAAGACUGUGGUUGUUCUGCACACCUGUGCUCACAAUACAACAGCCACCGAUCCUUCACCUCAACAGUGGAAACAGAUUGUCGCAGUCCUGAAGGAGAGAAAGUUAAUACCAGUGAUGGACUGCACCUAUCAAGGUUUUGCUAGCGGUGAUGUUGAUGAAGAUGCCUAUCCUCUACGACUUCUGGCUAGCGAGGGUGUAGAGUUUCUUAUAGCACAGUCUUUCUCUAAAAACUUUGGACUUUAUAAUGAAAGAUUGGGAAACCUAUCUAUUAUAACUAAAGAUUCUUCCACCAUUGAUGAAAUGAGGUCCCAGUGUGAGAUGAUCAUCAGAAGAAUCUGGGCGAAUCCUCCACAUCAUGGUGCUAGGGUAGUAGCUACAAUACUCAACGACAAAUCUCUAUAUCAGGAAUGGAAGGAUCAGGUUAGAACAAUGUCUGAUAGAAUUAAACUGAUGAGAAAGAUGUUACAUGAGAGACUGGUUAAUCUGAAAACACCGGGUGACUGGAAUCACGUAUUAACCCAGACUGGGAUGUUUUUCUACACGGGCAUGACAAGUCCACAAGUAGAAUAUGUAACCUCCAAGUUCCAUAUUUACCUCACCAAGAUGGGCAGAAUUAACAUGUGUGCCAUGACAACCAAAAAUGUAGACUAUGUUUCUAAGGCUAUCCACGAGGCUGUUACCACACAAUAGUUGGCUGCAAGACGUUUAUGAGUUGUUAUGACUUUUGUGUAAUCAUUUUGUGUUGUACAAUGUAAUGUAGGUGGAAUAAAACAAGUUUAA